AGAGGCCCCGACAUAACUACCAUCAUAUUCCUUCAUUUCCGCAAUUCAAGCUUCCAAUCACGCACUAAAGUAUUAUUAUUGACCGCCGGAUUAUGAAUAUGUUCAAUAUUAUAGCAAGAAAAUUUGCAAAAGGUUUCAAAUCUUCAGCCAAAGUACUAGAUAAAAUUGAUGACAAAUUUGGAGGAGUGAAGGUCGAAAUGAAGGAGAAGAUGAAUCCUUUCACCUUUGCUACUUCUCUCAAAGCUUCACUAUAUCUAUGGAGUCUUCAAGGGAAAAAGGGAGUUUGGUUGAAGCUUCCAAUAGAGCUUUCAUAUCUCGUUGAUGUUGCCAAAAAGGAAGGAUUUGUAUAUCAUCAUGCGGAGGAAACAUAUAUAAUGAUGGUGUACUGGAUACCAAAAACUCCUUCCACUCUCCCGGCAAAUGCUUCCCAUCAAGUUGGUAUUGGUGCUUUUGUAAUCAACGAUGAAGGAGAGAUGCUUGUGGUGCAAGAAAAACAAGGCAAAUUUGGAGGAACGGGAUUAUGGAAGAUGCCUACUGGCGUAGUGAAAGAGGGUGAAGAUAUAUGUGAUGGUGCCGUAAGAGAAGUUAAGGAAGAGACAGGAAUUGACGCGGAAUUUGUUGAAUUCCUUGCAUUCAGGCAAAAUCAUAAAGUACUAUUCAGCAAAUCCGACUUGUUCUUUGUUUGCAAGCUAAAACCACUCUCCUCUACUAUCACCAAACAAGAUACUGAGAUCGAGAACGCAAAGUGGAUGAAAAUUGAGGAGUACAUGGAGCAACCGUUUGUUAAGGACAGUGAGAGCUUUGGUAGCGUUGCAGAGAUUUGUAACAUGGCGGCUAGGACGGACGGUGCAUAUUCUGGUUUUAUAGCAAAUCCUAAAACAAAAAAGCGUUCUGGAGCGAAGAGUUACUUAUAUUGCAACAAAAUACGUUAAAUGUUGUAAGUAUAUGAGGUUGUUGAUGAUGAUAUAUAUGUUGUGAGUAAUUACUGAAUCCAGCAAUAUUAUAAAUAAUAGCUCAACUGAGCAACCCGCCACUUCAUGAAUUAUAAAUUGUACCAUUGUGUUGUA